CCCAAACUCAAUCUCCCCUUCCCCAGUGAGGCCAAGUGCUGAGGGGCAGCGAGAGAGCGAGUGACGCGAGCGAGCGAGCUAGCGAGAGCCAGAAAACUGGGCGACAAAAAAGCCGAGGGAGCGCACGAGCGAGGGGCCGAGCGCGAGCGAGAGAGACCCAUGCAGGCGCGCAAGAAGUAUGUGCUGCUGGCCCUGUGCGCGUGCUGCUGGCUGCUGCUCUUCUACUGGGGCGGGGUGCAGUCGCGCCUGCUGCGUCUGCUGAACCCCCGGGCGGGCGACGAGCCCCCCAGGCCCUGGCCCGAGUGGGUGGACCGGGCCCUGCUGCCGGGCUACGCGGCCCUGGACGAGCUCCAGGCGUCCGGAGGGUCGGGCGACUCGCCCCGGCAGCGCCGGCAGGCCUGGGCGGGCAUCUACCGGGACAGCCGCUGCCGCAUGGACACCUGCUUCGACUUCUCGCGGUGCCGGGGCUCGGCGUCCGGCUUCCGCGUCUACGUCUACCCGUCGGAGCGCGGCGAGCGCGUCUCGGAGAGCUACCGCAAGAUCCUGGCGUCGGUGACCGAGUCGCGCUACUACACGGCGGACCCGCGCGAGGCCUGCCUGUUCGUGCUGGCCAUCGACACGCUGGACCGCGACCAGCUCUCGGCGCAGUUCGUGCCCAGCGUGGACGAGCGCAUCCGCGGCUACCCGCUGUGGAACGACGGGCGCAACCACCUGGUCUUCAACCUGUACUCGGGCACCUGGCCCAACUACACGGAGGACCUGGGCUUCCGCGUGGGCCAGGCCAUCCUGGCCAAGGCCAGCCUGAACUCGGAGCACUUCCGGCCGGGCUUCGACGUCUCCAUCCCGCUCUUCUCGCGCGACCACCCGCAGAAAGGCGGCGAGCGCGGCUGGCUCCUCAGGAACUCGGUCCCGCCGCGGAGGAAGUACCUGCUCAUGUUCAAGGGCAAGCGCUACCUCACGGGCAUCGGCUCGGACACGCGCAACGCGCUCCACCACAUCCACAAUGGCAAGGACAUCAUCUCGCUCACCACCUGCCGCCACGGCAAAGACUGGGAGAAGCACAAGGAUGCCCGCUGUGACCACGACAACCAGGAGUACGAGAGGUUCGACUACCAGGAGCUGCUCCACAACUCCACAUUCUGUCUCGUUCCUCGAGGCCGGCGCCUGGGAUCGUUUCGCUUCCUGGAGUCUCUGCAGGCGGCGUGUAUCCCAGUGCUGCUCAGUAAUGGAUGGGAACUGCCCUUCUCUGAGGUCAUCCAGUGGAAUCAGGCGGUCAUCGAGGGAGACGAGAGGCUGUUGCUACAGGUGCCCUCGACGGUGCGGGCAGUGGGCAUUGAGCGGGUUCUGGCCAUGAGGCAGCGCACACAGAUGCUGUGGGAGGCCUACUUUUCCUCCGUUGACAAAAUUGUGCUUACCACCCUGGAGAUCAUCAAGGACCGCGUGUUCUCCCACAUCUCCAGGAACAAGUUCAUGUGGAACUCUCUGCCGGGCGGCCUGCUGGUACUUCCAGAGUACUCGACUCACCUGGCCCACUACCCCUUCUACUACCUGAACCUAGGGGUGAGUCCAGGUCAGGAGUUCACUGCAGUCAUCCACGCCACCUCCCCGCUGGUCUCUCAGUCCCAGCCCAUCAUGAAGCUGCUGCAGGUGGUGUCUAAAUCCAAAUACUGCUCUCAGAUAAUCAUUAUAUGGAACAGCGAGAAGCCACCUCCACAUCGAAGCAAAUGGCCCCCCAUGCCAGUGGCUCUUAUCGUCACAGAUGGCAGAAGGAAGACUUCUAGCCGCUUCCUGCCCCAAGUUGCCAUAGAGACAGAGGCGGUGCUUAGUCUGGAUGAAGAUACCGUGCUGCUCACGAGCGAGGUUAACUUCGCCUUCCAUGUCUGGCGCAAUUUCCCAGAGAGGAUUGUGGGAUACCCUCCCAGAAGCCACUUCUGGGAUCCAGUGAAACAGGUGUGGGGUUACACCUCCAAAUGGACCAAUGAGUAUUCCAUCGUCCUGACAGGAGCUGCCUUUUACCACAGGUAUUACAAUCACCUGUUCUCCUAUUACCUGCCUCAUUCGCUGCGAGCGCUUGUCGACCGCACGUCCAACUGCGAGGACAUCCUCAUGAACUUCCUGGUCUCAUCCGUCACUCACCUGCCGCCCAUCAAAGUGGCCCAGAGGAAGCAAUACAAAGAGCUGCCCAGUCCACAGGGAACGAAGAUGGCACCGUGGGCGAACCCCGAGCACUUUACCCAGAGGCAGGAGUGUGUGAACGCGUUCGCCAGCUGGUUCGGUUACAUGCCUCUGGUGCACUCCCAGUUCCGCCUGGACCCGGUGCUCUUCAAGGACCACGUGUCCGUCCUUCGCAAGAAGUACAAAGACCUGGAACGUGCCUGAGAUGGAUGCCUGGACAGACUUUUGGUUGACGAGAGAGAGAGACGGGUAGAGAGACAGACAGAUGGGUGGGGGUGGACAGACAUGGUGGAGAGAGAGAGAGAUGUGAGAACCCCCCGAGGCAGGGAAAAUAGGUGGUGGAGACGAAGAGUCCUCCUCCGCUGGAUCGGGACGAAUCAGGGGACCAGAACUGCCUUGGGUGGACCGACGGAACCACCCCCACUGGAGUCUGUCAAGCCUCGGGAUUGGAGGAGAGGAGGGGGGCAGGGUCACCCCCUCUUUCUCUGGGGCGGCACAUUGGUGCUCCGUCCUUGACGGACAGAAGUGAAGGCGGAAGAAUCAUGCAGGGCUGCGAAUGCCCAGAUCAGUCCUGCUGCUACUUUGAACUGAAGGAAAAACAAAAACAGUGGUAUGAAACGAAAUGUUCAUACCGACACCAGAUGGACUGGUGCAACGAACUCAAAACAACAAAAAAGGAGAUGAAAGUGGAUUCGUAAAGCGAUGGGCGAUUUCACCUGCGGUGGUUGUAAUUGCUAAGACCAAUAAAACAUUUCCUAAGUGCA